UUCACCUCUAUUUUUAUUUGUGAAAAAAUGCUUUGUAUAAUGAUUCUGUAUUUAAUCACUGGAAAGAUUAUUUUUGAGAAUAGUCAGGGAGACAUAUUUGACAAGAAUAGAAAUGGGGCUAUGUGGACUGGAAAGAAGAAGUUAAUCCCCAUAAUACAGAACAUUUGGGCCAUUUUACUCAAUAUUAUUCCUGUAAACAACUCCAAAUCUCCUGAUAGAAUGGAUCAGCCAGAGAAAACUAUCAAAGCUAGCACAAUAUCUAAAAACAAGUAUGCUGAUCAUUCCGAAAGUCAAAAACAGUGUUUUAUAUUACUUGCAGCUAAAAAUUUUAAGUGCUGCAGCAGUUAGAAAAGCUGCAAUUAAACUUCGUAAUGGUCAAGAUUGAGCUAGAAAACUUAUGGAUGAUCUUGAUUGGGUAUUUUUGAAAAAAACCAACAAAGUCCAUAGGAAAGAAAGUCGGCUUCAGGACGAACAUAAGACUCAUUUAAUAGAGUUUUUUUUACGAUAACCCCCAUGC